AUGCGCUUUUCCUCACACGUCGCGGCUGGCACGCUGGCGUUGGCUCCUCUAGUGGCCGGUAUAGACCUCACAAUCAACGACACGGAAUCGGUACACAGCGCGGCGAAAACGAUCGCAUAUGGCAUGGUCAAAUAUUACCAUGGCAAUGAAUCUGGAGGUGUACCGGGUCUUCUAGGAGAUCCGUAUUACUGGUGGGAGUGCGGUGGUGAGUGACCUGCGAUCACAAGCUGAAUCGAAUAUCAAACUCUAACUUCGUGAACCUUAUCAGCCAUGUUCAACUCGCUCAUCAACUACUGGUAUUACACUGGCGACUCAACAUAUAACGAGAUUGUAAAGCAAGGUCUGCUGUUUCAGACAGGCACUGACAACAACUACAUGGUACGAAGAACCGAUCUUCCACCCUCAUCAAUGCAUAAUGCCCUCAUGUGGCUAACUCGAUACAGCCUAUAAAUGAAACGAAGAACGAGGGAAACGACGACCAAGUCUUCUGGGGCUUUGCCGUUAUGUCAGCAGCAGAGUACAAAUUCACAGACCCUGGAGACAAUGAACCUGGAUGGCUGGCCCUGGCCCAAGGUGUAUUUAACAGUCAGGCUGCACGCUGGGAUUCCGACCACUGCGGCGGCGGUCUGAGAUGGCAAAUCUUUACAUGGAACAAUGGUUACAACUACAAGAACAGUCCCUCGAACGGCGGCCUGUUCAACAUGGCUGCUCGACUGUAUGCUUACACCGGCAACGAGACCUACGCACACUGGGCCAAUAAAGUCUGGAACUGGAUGGAAGAUACCGUCGGCUUGAUUGGAGAUGCCUAUGAGAUCUACGACGGAACCCAGAUCAGCAAUAAUUGUACUUCGUUAGAUCAUACUCGCUGGUCGUAUACACAGGGUAUGAUGCUCAACGGUGCUGCGGUCAUGUGGAACAUGACCAACACCACCGAAUGGAAGACUCGCACGGAAGGACUGUUCAAUGCAACCGCUUACUUCUUCAACGAGCAGAAAGUCAUGAGGGAAGUCUGCGAAGCUUCAGACAACUGCAAUUUGGACGAGCAAUCUUUCAAAGCCUACCUUGCUCGUUUCAUGGCUGCGUCGACCAAAUCGGCACCCUUCCUAUACGAUCAAGUGAUCGAAUACCUCGAUGCUUCCGCCGUUGCAGCCGCAGCACAAUGCGACGGCGGAACGGAUGGUGUGACCUGCGGAAUGGCAUGGACAAAGAACUCGACGUACGAUGGCAAUUACGGCGUAGGAGAACAGAUGGCGGCACUGGAAGUGGUUCAAUCAACCUUGAUCAAAAAGGCCACGGCACCCGUGUCGAGUAGUACAGGCGGUACUUCGCAGGGAGAUCCAAGUGCUGGAACCUCAGGUGACACGAGUAAUGCGGCCGCGCCUACGAGCAAGAUCACGACAGCGGAUCGAGCUGGUGCUGGAAUUGUCACGGUGUUUCUCUGUCUUGGAACGGCUGCUGGUGGAUAUUGGUUGAUUGCGUAG